AUGUCGUUGGUAACCCCGUUACAAUUUUCUACAGUUCAGCCAAACUUGUAUAGAGGAUCAUAUCCACGAGAAAUCAAUUUCUCAUUCUUAAGAACCCUUCGAUUAAAAUACGUGCUGUCAUUGACACCGGAACCUCUGGAUAAUGAUCCCCAAAUGCUUAAGUUUUGUGAAGAGAACAACAUUAAGACAAUUCAUAUUGAAUGUCAAAGCGAAAGGAAGACAGACAAGACUAAACCCAAAAUCAAAAGGAAAAAGAAAACUGUUCCCAUUGAAUAUGACGUGGUGGUACGAUGUGUUAAGUUUUUAAUUGACAAAAGACAUUAUCCCUGUUAUAUGCACUGUACAAACGGUGAACUAAUAAUAUCCCUUGUUGUUGCCUGUAUGAGGAAGUUUUCAUAUUGGAGCACGGUAUCCAUAUUAAAUGAAUUUUUGGUAUACAAUUCCAGUAUUAAUAUUCAUGAAAGGAAUUUCGUUGAAAAUUUCAAGUCUGAAAUCGAAGUUGAUAAUUUGGAUAUAAAGGAUAAAGUUCCCUGGAUCACAGUGCGAUAUAUUGCACGAGCACCCGUAGAAUCAAAAGAUGAUGCACAAACCGAAGACGCCAACACAUCUGAAAAGGUUGCGAGAGUGAGCAGUGUGCCCAAUAUGCUGCCAAAAUUGAAAUUUCAUAGUAUGUAG